AUGAAACCGGACUUUAUGAAAGAAAUUAAUGAUGUUCUAAGACUACUCUGUGGAUCUUACAAAAUUAAAGGAAAACGGGUGAACAAACCAGAAACUUAUAGAGACUAUUGUAAUGUUUGUAAUAGCAAUUUCUUAAAUCCUGUAAAGCAUGCAUUACUUUAUUGUAAUGGCACAAGCCAAUUAAGAGAAGAACUAUGGGAAUGGAUAAACGAUACUAUGCCAAUCGAAAUGGCAGUACAUUUAGCAAGUUUGACAGACAUGGAAUUUCUCUUAGUUAUAUUAGGUAAAAAAUUAGAAGCAUUAUGUGCAAACACAGACAUAUGGACGGAGCUAUUGCUGAAAUCUGCAAGUUAUGUUUCCUUUUGUUAUAGGAGUAAUUUAGUUAGCUAGUUCGGUAACAAUAGUUAGUUUUUUCACUAUCUUUAUUUUAUUAUUAAUACUUCCUUUGUAAAUAUACCUACUCUUCAGAAAUUGGAGGCAAUAAAGAUUUAAAACUCACUCACUCACUCACUCACUGCAUUGUCUGAAAUUUCGCGGUAUCCCGAUAUCCACGGGAUACCAAAAAUUUGGUUUUGGAUGCCAAACUGUGAAUGACUUGUAUCCCAACUGGAUACUAAGAAAAUUUCAAAUAUUGACAAAAUGUUAAACACUUCUGAUGGGCUCCUGGUAGCUUUUGAACACUAUGAGUUUUGAAUAUUAUCAGUUUCUUUUUUCAUUGAGGACUAGCAUAUAGAAAGUUGUUGAACGAUUGUGUGCAUUUUAGCGUAUAUUAAUGAAUUGUUUAGUUGUUGACUGUUCAAUCUCCUGUUGUUAUUAUAAUUUGUUACAUUAUGGAAACUUAUUUGGAUGCGACAGGGUAUAAUACUUAUGGUACCUGUAACCAGUAUCCAGAAGUGGGAUAUGGAUUCUCAGGGGUGGGGGGGGGGGGGUACUAACCUUUGAAACCUGAUAUCCCAGUUGGAUACUGAGAAAAAAUAUAAAUUUCAGACCCCGCUGUAAGACACUGGCCAAUCAGAAGACACAUAUACAGUAGUGAAUAUUUAACAAUUAUUCGCCGAAGGCGAGGUGAUUGCCAGUGAAUAAAAACCGAGACGAAGUCGAGGUUUAUAUUCACGAUAAUCACCGAGCCUGAGGUGAAUAAUUGUUUUAGUAUAAUUUCAUAGGUGAUUAUUUGGAAAAAAAUAGAAGAUAGACAUUUCUUCGUCAUUUACAGUAAUUGACAAAAACGGGUCCGGCCGCCACUUUGAAAAUCGCUUAGGUGAUUAUCGCGUUAUAAUCACCUCAACGGCAACCAAUCAGCGUGGAGAAUUUUCAAUAAUCACCUAUGUAAUUAUACUAAACAAUGAUAAUUACACUUAAAUUUUAUUUAGGACGAACUGAAGAGAGUUCUGAAACUCGUCCAUUUGGUAUAAAACGAAGCCUUGGACACUCUCAAAAAACAUCAAAAAGACAUGUUAGUCCUCUUGUCAACACUGGCGUAUCUCAAGGCUCAACAACUAAUACCCAAGCAACAUCAAAUAUAUUUUCCAAUCCAACAGCGACCGCCCCGAAUGAAAACAAAAAUGAAAGCACCCAAGGAAAUGUGUUUAGCAGUAGUACAUUCAAGUCAAGCCCUACGAAAGGAAAUGCCUCAGGAAAAUUCCAAUCCAACAAUCGUACUUGGAUAAACGAAGCAUUAAAGAGACCUGAACAAGAAACUCAACGGGUUUUUGGAAGUAAGAGUAGUCCAAAUAAAAGCCAAGGAAAUGUUUUUGCGAGCAAACAAUUUGACCCUAAAACCGGAACUUCACAUACGACUAAAAUUCAUCCGAGCCCAUUGGCUGGUUUAAUAACGAAUAGCCCAAGUAAAGCUGGUGCAAGUAUAAUGUCUGGACUAUCAAACCAGGCAAACACUGAAAGUAGUAAUGUUGCUUCCUUGGUAGAACAAUAUGAACAAAACACUACGCAGGAAAGUUCUCAAACUUUGUCUGGUAACAUUUUUCAAUCUGCCGUUUCCUCAACCAGUCUGUCGGCAGGUUUGCAAAGUACGAAUCAAGGGACCGGUGUAUUUUCAGUAAAAGAUACCCAUGUAGGGUCUGUUUUUGGAGGCAGUUUGAUUUUAUCUACUACACCCCCACCAAAUGUUAACUUAUUUGCAAUGAACCAGAAAGAAAACACUGAUACUGUAGUCUCAAACAGUGCAGUACAGACGUCCGCUGGUAAUACAACUCUAUUUUCCGGUUAUGUGGCGAAUGCGGAGAACAAUGUUCUGAAUAUGGAGAAUAAAUAUGGUGUAUUUGGAAAUGCCAUGAAAUCAGCUACAACAGGCGGUGAUGUAUUUAACUUAAAGCAAAACACAAAUCCUAUUGGAUCAACUGAUCCUAAUCCUAUUGGAUCAACUACUCUUAAUCCUCUUGCAUCAACUAAUCUUAAUCCUCUUGGAUCAACUAAUCUUAUUGGAUCAACUAAUCUUAAUCCUCUUGGAGCAACUAAUCUUAUUGGAUCAACUAAUCUUAAUCCCGUUGGAUCAACUAACCCAGCUCUUGGCUACCAAAGUUCGCUACAUAACAAAGGAAGUGCUUUUGGUAAUACUUCAUUGCCUGUAAACUCAAGCCAACAAGCGAAGAUUUCAUAUACAUUUGGAUCUCUCAGUUCGGCCACUUCCAAUACAACAGCACAGGAUAGCUCACAGAACAAACCAAGUGUCUUUGGUGGAGCAGGAUUUCCAACUUCAACUACCCAGCCAGCAAACCAAAAUUCAAAUUCACCAAUGUUAAGUUCCAAGCCAUUCUCAAACGCCGGUAGCGUAUUUGGAGGUGCAGGUUUACCACCAAGCUCAACGAACUUGACAAACAAACCUGGUCCAUUUUCAAACAGUACAUCAGCUUCACAAAACUUUGGCGCAGAUUCAAAUGCAGGCAGUGUGUUUGGAAAUGCAGGGUUGCCAGGAGCUUCUGCGUCAUUGUCAAGUAGUGCAGGUCCAUUCACAUUGAAUUCUUCUGCUGCCAGUAGCCAAACUCCUACAGGGAACCUUUUUGGCAGUACAGGCGUGCCCGAAACCUCUGUAUCGUUGUCAAAUACUGGUGGGCCAUUUGCGUCUAGUGAUUAUGGUGCUACUGGCCCAACUACAAAAGCAAGUAGAAUUCUUGGAAACACGGGAAUACAGUCUGAUGCCUCGGGCAAAGGAGGGGUAUUCACAUCAAGUAAAACAUCUACAGAUCCAAGAAACGCUUCGAAUAGCCCCUUCAGCAUUGGUGGUCAAACUUCAGCAAGGCCAGCGAGCAUAUUUGGAAGUGCCAUAUUUGCAGCAACUCAGGACCAGAGGCAAGGUCCUUUCACCGUUGGAAGUAAAACCACAAGCCCUGGCUUCUCACAACCACCAAAACCAGGUAGCGUUUUCGGAAAUGCUGGAUCGUUAACGACAUCAACCGGUACAUUUGCAGCAUCUCAGGACUCGAAACAGGGCCCGUUCACCAGUAAAACUUCAAAUCCCGGUCCCUCACAACAACCCAACUCUGGUAGCGUUUUUGGCAAUGCUGGUCAAUCGUCAACAUUUUCUUCCGGAGGUGUUUUUAGCAAACAAAACAAUGCAACGUUUGGAAGUGUGUUUGGAAGUCAGACUCAAGAUGGUCAAAGCGGAAGGAUUUCAACAAAUGAAAAGCAUAAAGGUAUUUCAUAGAUAAUCAUAUAAUUUAUACAACAUGUUGAGGUUUUUUAGUGGACGAAAAUUUUGAGCAAAACGCAAUAAAAUAUUGCAAAUUUUGAUAACAAGGAAAAAUUAAGCUUUAAAUAACUUUCUUUAAUACAGUUUCUGCCUAGAUUUUUAUUGCAACUUGCAUGUUAGACUAAUUUUUGAUCUAGGCAAAAAGUAAAUUCCCGAAAAGAACUUAUUAAAAUUACGAACGAAGUGUUGUAAAAUACGGAAAAUCUAGCCUUACGAAGUUUGUAUAUUUUGUGUAUGUUUGUAUUAGGUGAGCAAAUUGUUACCAUUUUUAAGCCGAAAAUGGUAACAAUUUCCACACGUAAUACAAACAUAUUCAAAAUAUACAAACUUUGCAAGACUAUAUUUUCCAAGGCUUACAACAUUUCGCAACCAAAUUUUGCAAUUUUACUAAUUUCAUUAUGUUCUUUGUAGCUGUUAUUAUGUUUGAUUCCCUUCUCUUUACUUAGAUUAAAAUUUUAAGUUUAACAUGCACGUUGUCCAUAUUAAAUCUUCAAUAUUUUAAAUUUCUUUAAUGUUCUACAUUUUAUCGAAGGUUUGAAGCGCAGUUUAUCAAAUACGGAUGUAUCUGAGCUGACGUCGAUUCUUAUUAAAGAUUUGCCGCAAGAAUACUUUGAUAAAAAACUGUUAGAACGAGAGUUUGCAAUAUUUGGUGCCAACAAGGUUUCGCUUCAGCCAACGAAACAAAGCGUCGUCGUUAACUUUGCUACUCAUGUAAGUGCAAUUUUAUCCAUUGAAAUAAAUACCCGUGGAAAGCUAGCCCUGGCAACUGGUCAUGUUAUGCCUAGCCAGGCUUGCCCGAUUUUAGGGACCGCCUACCAUGCGGGCUAUGUUAUGCCAAAAAACCUACGCUUAGGCCAAUGAAAAUUGAUAUCAUGUUUCUCGUCCCCGCCCGCAUGAGAUUUAUCUGCCGCACGAAAAUUUUUCAUUAUUCAUUAUUUUUGAAAAAUAGGCUUAACAAAACACCAAAUUGAUCUCCAGAUCAAAGACUUAUUGCUGCAUUCCACAAGCGCAACUCAAAUUGUAUCUUUCCAAAGAUAUUACUCGCCAGAAUGCCUCUAUUUUUCAUGUCAGCCUUGGUAUGUAUAGAAAUGUACUGUAGUGUAGGACGUAUUAAAUUAAAAUGAAUUAUACACCGAUUUACUUCAGAUUUUUAUGGGGUUUUUUUACUGGUUCAAGGAAAUUAUUGACAAGCAAUUCAAAUACAAAAAAUAAUGAAAAAUGAAAAAAUCCCGCUCCAAAUUUUUGAAAAUUGUGGACGAGAAACAUGAUAUCAAUUUUCAUUGGCCUUAUAGAUAAUUAAGAGGCAAUUUUUUUCAAUGUCACGUAUUUGCAAUGAAAAGUGUUCAAAACCUAAAAUCUUUUUUGCGUUCCUCUCAAAUUUACUUUGUUUUAGCUUUAUUCUCUAGUUUAUAGAGUUAGCUACCUUUUUAUAUACAUUUGCCGGUUGAGAAACAUAAAAUAAUAGUUAAAAAUUGUCAAUUAAAAUACAAUUAUCAAUGAAUCUUUAAAAUGGACGCAAUAUUUACAGCCAUAUAAGCAAAACUUACUGAACUUCAGGCAUCAUUUUCUCUUUGGCGUAUCAUCUAAAAUCUCUUCAUUUUACCAUUAUUUUACAGAUAAAGCAGUAAACAUACUUUUUAAGUUUGUUUGCCGAUUGAGAAACGUAUCGAAAAAUAAAAAUUUUGAAUUUAGUCAUAAUCUCAAGUGGUAUUAUUAUACGCAUUAGUUUUGAGCGCGUGUUACGUAACAUACAAAAAAAUCUCCUCUUAAAGACAAUACAUUUCUAAACGUGCGAAUGAUUUUGUGUAAAAAUAUAUAUUUUAAGACAAGCCUUCGUUGGUAGGGACGCAACGACCUGAAGAAUAUAAGGCGCAAAAAAAAAUACCUGUGGUUCCGGUUCCCGACCGACCCUAUUUUUUUCUGCCGACCCUAUUAUUUUUUCAACGCGAUUGACUGUGCGACCCUAUUUUCUCCAGGUGGUUGCGGGCUGCUGCCAAAAUGGCGUCUGUUGUCACACUAAUUAUUGAAUCAAAUUGCCUAAAUUCGUCCAUAGGAAAUACGCAUCUCUAGUUAAUGUUGAUGUCGAGACUCUACUGCAAAUCGCCCAGCAAAAAACCGCCAAAACCAUGAAAAAAAUAUUCAAAAAAAAAAUUUAUUUCCGACCUACCGACCCUAAUUUUUCACGAUAUGAAACCGGAACCACAGGUAUUUUUUUUUUACGCCUAAGGAGAAUAACCCCAGACCACAGAAUAAAGACAUACAGAAGUGUAACUUCCAAUACAAAACCGUAAGGCAUUUUUUACCGAAAUAGUUGGCGGCCAUGUUCUUAGCAAGUGCCCUAAAGAGAGGCAUUCACCCCCCUGGAAUAUUAAAUUUUCAAUAUGUUUUCAGGGGGGUGACUGCCUUUCUUUAGGGCACUUGCUAAGAACAUGGCGGACUGAAAAAAUCCCUUACGCACUUUUAAUAAGAAGAUACACUUCUGUAUGUCUUUAUUCUGUGCCCAGACGAAGGGCCUUCGCAAACGUCGAAAUUCUCCUUAUACAGUACUUUGCUACCAACGAAAGCUUGUUGUGAUUGGCACUAUACCUACAGUGGGACAGAUACAGUUCAAGAUUAUAUUUUAAGGUAAUUCCGCAGUAAUUGUUCCCGAAAUGAGAAUGUGCUGAAACUUCCCAGGCAUGGAGUUUAUGAUAUACUUAAAGUAAAAUCACACAAAAAAGUCUGGGUCACCGAACUCGUUAAGUUAAGAAGAUAUGACAAUCACAAUAUACCACCUUUACCCCAAUAUAGCGCCAUCUUGACGCUCAUUACGAGUAACAGCAAAAUCACAACAGCCCGAUAUUUAUUGACGUUUUUAGCGCGGAUGUCGCUUUAGUAAACCUAUCUUGUAAUUAUUUUUGAAAAAAUAUUGUGUUUUGAGCAAAAUGAAACUACUAACGUGUACAAUUCUGAUCCACAAAUGUCUUUUCCACAUUUCUUUACAUAUCUUUCUUUGAGAACAUGCAUUGAUAAAGGAUUUUUUUUUCAAGAUCCAGAAAUGAUUUUUCUUUUAAUUUCGGAUAUGAAAUGUAAAAUGCAUUAAAGAAAUAAAUUAUCAGUUAAAAAACGGGGGUCACCGAUCUUUUUAGGGAAUUGUGGCAUUAAAACGUGAAAUACAAGUAAAUAAAUAUACUACAGACACAGGGAACCCUAGCUACACUUUUGUAUGCCUUUUUUGAAAACAUUGAUUUUAACGUAAUUAUUUGCACGAAUAUAACCACAAAGAUGUUUAAUUUGAAGUAACAUAAAAUUGUCAUAAAAUGAUUUUUUUUUAAAGGGUACGUAUAAUGGAUGAAAUUAUAAGUUAUAAGAUGUGCGCAGUAAAAGUGCGCAAUGCAAAACUGCGGAAUUACCUUAAGACUCUUACACAAGAGCCAACAAAGCUCAUCGAUGGGCUUGAAAAUGUUGCAUAGCAUGAUCAGUUGCUAUGGCUAGCUUCACCACUGUUAAAUACAUCUGAAAUUUAUACUAACCUGACUUUGAUGUAAUUCAUAUAUUGUAUCUUGUUGAUCAAGGAAUGCGCUAAAAAGGCAAAGUCGAGAGCAUUGAAAUUAUUCCCAAUGAAAGACGCACAUGUCUUUUGGUGCAGGAAGAAAGGUAAGAUAGAUAAUUGAUACUUAAAGAAAAUACAAAUCUUACAUUGAAAUGAAGAGUUGAAAUGUACUUCAGUACUGCCAAGAAAUAACUUAACCUCGCGUCUGCCCGCGUCCUGCCUCCAGAGCGCCCGCGUCUUGCGUCCACUCUGCCCGUGUCCUGCCUCCAAAGCGCCCGCGUCCGGCCUCCAGCUAAAAACUGCGUCCGCUUGGACGCAGUCGUAACAUAAUCGGAAAAACGAACAUAAACUAUUUGCAGACAUAAACUAAUGAGUGAUUUAUAGACAUAAACUAUGUAAGUAUAAAAUAAACACAUAUGAACUCAGUGAGAUCACGACUACAACAAGUACUAUAUAUCUCUAUGUACAGUGUUUACUGCAUAUACUACUUAUUAUAAACAAUUCAACUUACAGUAUAGCUUUCAGCUGCAAGUAAGUGUGAUUGGAACACCCUCACUUCCUUACUUACCUCGUUAGUUUGGGAGGAAAGCUAUUCCAUACCUUAUUACUGCAAUUCUUUGUUUGCACAUGACGUCACUACAUGUCAUUAGGCUCCAUCUUGGUUGAUUUUAAAGUUUUGUCCAGCCGUUUACAUCGAAAUAGUUGAGUUACUUUGAUAUUUUUGGUUUGGUUUGAAAACAUCUUACUGUAUUAUGGAUCGUUUACGAUUUCUGGCCCAAUACGACAAAGAAUUAAGAGCAUAGAUUUUUAGUUGCCACGAAAAUCAACCAAGAUGGCGUCGAUUGCAAACGAGCAAUUGUGAAAUAUCUACCUACAGUACUGACUGCUACACGUGAUCCCUGAUGGUAAUUUCCUCAAAAAUACCAGGCUUACUGUAAAUAGUUCCACACUCAACCUCCCUCACCCUUUCCGUCCCCGCUUUCCCUUAUCUCCUCCCACCUUCCACCCCCAACCUCCCCACCACUUCCAUCCCCACCACCACUUCCAUCCCCACCUGUUUCCACCUCCAACCUCCCCCACCCCUUCCGUCCCCACCUUCCCCCCACCUUUCCUAAUACUGAACCGUUAUUCCUCUCUUCUCAGGAACUGGUAGAACAUUCAAGACUCCUGAAAAACCCGGUGGCAACAAGCCAGAAUUCCGUUCACGAAGAAUGUCUAUAUCUAACGCUUUGAAUAGCAUUGGUAAGCUGAGCAGGUUCAAAUGGUUAGGUUAAAGAAUUUGAUCGAAUUUAGUUUAAUUCAUACUAUUUCAUUGCGUUAAGAUGCGAGUGAAUUUUCGUCCGCUAUGAGUGCCCAGGAAAGAUACACAGUUCUAAAUGAAGUGGAUAAACUAAUUCGUCAAGGUUGGUUUGCAAUGUCUUUGAUACAUUAAUAUGUACUUUUUCUCAUGAAUAUUAAUGCUUUGUAAGUACUAUUUAAAACAUGAGCAGCAGUGUUUUAUCAGAUAUAAAGAUACGAGGCGAAGACGAGUAUCUUUAGGUCUGAUAUUUCGCCUCGUAUCUUUGGGUCUGAUAAAACACGCACUGCGAAUGUUUUAAAUUGCUUAAAAAACGGAUCGAUCUGGUAAGUUCAUUGGGGAAGUAAUUUUCAGAAAAUACGUUAUGUAAGUCGAGAAAAUCAAAGUUAAGUUUAUGUAAAUCAAGGGAAAUCUCUAUCACAUAUAAAGAUACGAAACGCUUAUAUGAUUUUUCUUUGUAUUUGCCUCAUGAAUUGACCAUUUGCGUAAUAGACUGCGUAAUUUUGAUCUCAACAAAAAUUUCAUCACAGCUUGAAAGAGCAUCACAAAAUUAGUAAUAUUCCAAAGUUUCGUUGCGAAAUGUUGUAAAAUGCGGAAAAUAUAGAUUACAAACGGGAAAUUGACGGCCCCAAACCCUUCGAGGCUGUCAAUUUCCCGUUUGUAAUCUAAAAUGACUGAAAAUUACAAACUUCGCAAGGCUAUAUUAUCUGCAUUUUACAACAUUUCGCAACGAAACUUUGGAAUAUUACUAAUUUUGUGAUGCUCUUUCAAGCUGUGAUGAGAUUUUUGUCUAGACUUGUUUAGAUCAAAAUUUAUUCUAUUACGCAAAUGGUCAAUUAAUAAUGAGUUUUUGAAUACAUAAACCGUCUUUUCUUUAGCAAUCACACCGUACAGAGAUAUAGCGAAUGCCCCGGUCCUUAUUGGCGUUUGUUGUGACAUGUGUCCUGAAAAAGAACGUUACAUGCGAGAGUAUCAAGCAAACCUGAGUAUAUUUGAAAUGGUGCCUGGAACACAGGACAACAGGGUUAGUUUUUUAAUGUCUCAGCGGUGAAAUUUCUUGGGGGAAAUGGCGUUUCAUGCUGCUCAGACGAUUCCACUGUCGACAAAUCCUUUGAAUUUAAUGUCUAAUACUUCAACAGCAUAGAUGGAAACUAUUCCAUUCGAAACUCUAGCAUUCCAUAGUAUUCUAGCAACAGCAUGGAUGGAAACUCUAGUAUUCCAAAUACCCAAUAUCACACACUAAAAGACACGAACAAUCUUGUAUCCCAAGGGCAAUUGCUAAAUAAGUAUCAUCCAAAUUAGACGAUAGAUUAUUUGAUAACAUGAUUAUUAGAACCAAUUAGACGAUAGAUUAUUCUUUACACUGAUAGACAAUUAAUAAUUUAACCAUUUUUAUAGUUUUGUACAUAUCAUACUGUACAUUAUUAUUGUAUAGAAAUGAUUUUUUACAGCUGUAAAUCCAUUGUAUUUUUUAACUAAAGAUGAAUAUUAAAAGAUUAUUAUUAUGGAUCUAGCAUGAUCUGCUGGGUGCUCUGCCAGCUCUGGUGCCGAGUUGUGUCGGUCAUGUGCGCCGCCCACCCAUCAACUUGCUUGACAACUGCAAAGUCUUGCUUGACUACUGUAUUUCAAUUGUAAGACAGUGUUGUUCACAGUUCGCCUAUCAUCAUGUUUUUACUCAAAUUACUGUAUCUUAUUUUGUUUCUAAUAUUUUUUGUUGCUUUGGGGUGCGCCCCAGUAAAUCCAUCGCUGUUCAACAAUACGACUGAGUGACUUGACGAGAUGCCAUGAUAGUUCCCCCUUGUGGUGAAGUCACUACUGUACCUGACGAAGCGGCUUCGUUUGUCCGAUGUUUGACAAUAGUUGGUUUUCUUUUUAGGACGGCGAUGUUCCCAGAGUCGAACAUUUCAAAGCUGUUAAGGAAUACAGCAGAUCUGCAGCUGACAAGGUACAGUGACUCGAACUAUAUCGAAUAUGAAGUGUCAAGUCAGGCAAUUAGCCAUUCCGAAGUUGAUGAGAGGACUGGGGACGAGUGUUAAAAAGUGCCCAAAUUAAGAAAUGAACCAAAUGACUAAAACGACCACCACAAAAUUAGUAAGUAUACAAAGUUUGAAGACGUUUACAUGAAUACCCUUCGAAUAAUAAGCUUUCGAAAAUUGUGAAAUUACUGGUUAAAAGAUUGUUUUUGGGACGCGCGUCCCCAAAACAAAAAUUACAAUACAUUUCAUAGUAAUAAAUAUCACGAUUUUCGAAAGCUUAUUAUUCGAAGGAUAUUCAUGUAAACGUCGUCAAACUUUGUAUGCUUACUAAUUUUGAGGUGGUCCUUUUAGUGAUUUGGUUCAUUUCUUAAUUUGGGCACUUUUUAACGCUCGUCCCCAGUCCACUCAACAACUUUCGGAAUGGCUAAUUGUUUUCUCCCUGUUGCGUAUUUGCGAGAAAAAGUGUUUUUGUUUUAGCUUUAUUCUCUAGUUUAUACAGUUAGCUACCUUUUGAAAUGCAUUCGCCAGUUGAGAAAUAUAAAAUAAUAGUAAAAUAUUGUCAAUUAAAGUACAAUUAUCAAUGAUGCUUUAAAAGUGACACCAUAUUUACAACAAUAUAAGCAAAACUUACUGAACUUCAGACAUCAUUUUCUCUUUAGCGUACCAUCUAGAAUCUUGUCAUUUUAGCAUUAUUUUACAGAUAAAGCACUAAACAAACUUUUUAAGUUUGUUUGCCCUUCAGAAACGUAUCGAAAAAUAAAAAUGUGAAUUUAGUCAUGGGUGGCCUGUUGAAAUGAUUUCAUUUCAACGAAGGAAUUCAUACGAUGUCCUACCAUCGUGUCGAAUUGAAAGUACAAUUAAUAUUUUAAUUAAACCUCUAGCUUGAACCCCUGGCACACGAGCUACGCCCCGUCCAUGUUCUUCAAAUGACAUUGGAUUACCUCAUGGCGAAUGUGAUGAACAACAUUGAAGAAAAAUGGGAGGAAUGGUUUAAUUUUCUCUGGAACAGAACACGUGCAAUACGGAAGGUAAAGUGUGGUUAACAUGAGUGAGACUAAAGUCUGUUUUGCCCUUCAACCGUAUCGUAACGUACCGUAGCAUUUUUUUCUGUGUCGAAGACAUUAGUUCCACUCUAGUGCUGAGGAAACAAAGAAAUACGCUACGUUUCGGUACGAUAUGUUUGAAGUAGAAAAUUGGCUUUAAGCAUAGUCUUUCAAAACAUGGUUUGGAAACUCCGCUAAAGUCUUUGUUCUAUCUUUUUGUUCGCGUUUAUGCAGUUUUGUGCACAGCGCACGGUCAAUGAACACAUUGUAUUUCAGUAUAAUGAACGAAUCAUCCGAUAGCAACGUUUCAGUUCAGUCAUUCAACCAUGCUGUUUAAAUAUUAAUAAACCUAAAACAAAGGAUGUGCACGGUGUAAGGUAUACGGCUCAACAUAAACACACAGCUCAUUACAACCGCUUUGAAGUUUACUGAGUUUCCAGACCAUGUCUCGAAAGACUAUGCUUUAAGUGAGCGCAUAUACAAUACACGUGCAAUACGAAAGGUAAAGUGUGGUUAACAUGAGUGAGACUAAAGUGAGCGCAUGCAAUACACGUGCAAUCGUUUCAUUCAUGUCUUUCAGGAUAUAACUCAACAACAUUUGUGUGAUGUACACAGCGCAGAUCUGGUGGAAAAAAUAACAAGGUAAACAAGACUACAAUCAUGGAAUAAUUAAUCAGGACAAUCACUGUAAAAGCACCAUUCAAACAGCAUCGUAAUAUCUAUGAAUAGAAAACUUCAAAAGCAGCUUUAAACCAUUAUCGCAAGCCGUACAUUCAUGCAUAAACACUCCCCCCCCCCCCCACCUUACAAUGUUCAAUUUUGGUUCAUUGGUUUGUUCCUUAUUGGUGAAUGUCAUACGCUGUUGAAGCAAGAUUGUAUACUUGGGGGGGGGGGGGGAAGGCCUGCAUGUACAGAAAGCCUGAAAAAUUCUACUUUCUUUUCAAGUAAUAAACGUUUUCAACUUGUCCCAAAGUAAUUGUUCCAUGAGUAGUGACAGAUUGCAUCGAUGCCUCUAAGAAUUCGCACACAUUGGGCCUUGAUCAUUCCCAUCAUGCACCAUGUUUUUGUCAAUUCGCAUUUAGGGACUGAGUACAAGUCAGGUGCAUUUGUGUACUUUGAACUAUGAUUAGUGAGAAAUAUUUCCCAUCAUUUUCACCAGGUUCCAUAUCUUCUGUGCUCAUUACCUGUGCGAGGAAGGCAUGCAUUCAUUCGAUCCGAAAAUCAACAAUGAAAACCUCACCAAAUGUUUGCAGACGCUAAAACAGUUCUACGUGGAUCUCUACACGGAUCAGGUUUGUAAACUCGCUGUGUUUAAUGCAAACUCCAAAUAAUAUUGGAGUAGUACUGUUCUGGAAAUAGCCGUUUGCCGACCAUUUGUAUCCAUACUGGAUGGGUUAGGACUAACCAAGCACAGUUAGGAAGUUAAUAAUGGUAAUUACACUGAGUGGAGUGCAAUUUGGAAAGUAAUUGUUGUAAAAAUAAAUAUAGUCUAGGCUAAGAAGGUAAUAUAAGUAAGCGUAAUACACGAUGUAAUCAGUCACUUGGUGUAUAUGUAGUUGCGUCAUACGUUCAUCUUAUGCUUGCAAAUUUUUAUUAUUUAUUUAAUUUCAGGAAGUGAAAUGUCCUAACGAAGCUGAGUUUCAAGCUUAUGAUAUCUUGUUAAAUCUGAACGAAGGCGAUACUUUGAGGUUUGUGAGACGUUUCAAAAAUGCCCCAAAUCCUGCGGAUAUUUAUACCCAUACACCCAUCACCUUAAUACAUGAACUUGUGGUUAGAGCUCGACAACUGGCCUCUGUAGCUCAGUUGGUUAGAGCGCUGCACCGGAAUCGCAGGGUACUUGCUACAAGCCUGUUGCGAACACAUCUUGUUUGACAAGUUGUGAGUGACAAUCUUGUAGCAACUUGAUAAAAUAACAGCAUUGUUACAACUUGUUGACAAGCUUGCUACAAGCCUGUUGUGAACAAAUCUUGUUGACAAGUUGUGAGUGACAACCUUGUAGAAACUUGAUAAAAUAACAGCAUUGUUACAACUUGUUGACAAGCUUGCUACAAGCCUGUUGUGAACAAAUCUUGUUGACAAAUUGUGAGAUUUUUACGUGUGUAUACGAGAAUCGAAGCCUUUCCUGCAGAGGUGAGGGGUUCAAAUUAUUUUCUUUUUGUGAAUUUUCAGGAAAGCGAUGCAAUAUCGCCUGGAAGUUCGCAACUCUCCCGAAGUAAAGUUUGCAUUGGAAGUCUUCAGUUCAUUGAACAGCCACAACUUUGUACGAUUCUUUAAACUAGUCAAGUCAUCAUCGUAUUUGAACGCCUGUAUCAUGCAUCGUUAUUUUCCUCAAGUACGGAGAAGCGCUCUGAGAGUGAUGACCAAGGCAUACUCUCCGAAAGAACCUUAUCCGUUACAAGUCUUACAAUAUCUCUUGGCUUUUGAGGAUAAAGACGAAGUAAGUAAACCUUUUUUCCAGGGAUUACUUUCUGGAACCAAUGAAAAUUUUCUGAAAAUAAUUGAGUAAAUCGACACUCCGACACUGUACUGUAACUGUGUGACACUAACAAGUUGUCAAACUGGAUGUCUAUAUUUUAACAGAAAAAAAUUAUUUCAAUGCAUCGAGAAUCUCAGUAAUACUUUUUAGAAUAUAACAUAUAAUAAGACUAAUUUAGAUAACGUGCAUCAAUUUCUGGUCCUAAGGUAAAUAUAGAAAUGCAACAAAAUGAAAAAGGGCACUAUUAGGGGGUACUAUUGGGGGUUCCAUGCUCUCCCGAAAGUAAGACUGCUUUUAAAAAAAAACAAUCGAGUUAUUUCCACCAGAAUUCAAAUGUCCUUCUCUCUAUUAACAUUUUAGACAUCUCGUUUCUGCUCACAUUAUAACUUCACGACAACUGAUGAUUCUGUUCAAUUCUCAAAAGUCUUCACGGAUCCUGAGGCAGCAUUUCCACUGCAAAAAGCGACCAACGUGAUUGAAAGCAAGAGAAUCUGCUCGAUUGGCGAGGUACUAUGCUGUAUGAUACUAUGAUACAAAAUACAAUGUACUAUAAGUUUAUCCAGUAACCGAUUGAACGUAUAGAGGAUAAUAUGUCGAGAGCGAGAGUAGAAUGUCGAUGGUCGAAAAAAACAUUAUAGACUAAUUUUUUUAUCUUGGCAAAAAAAGUAUAUUCCCGGAAAUAGCAUACUAAAAUGAGUAAAAUUGCAAAGUUUGGUUGCAAAAUGUUGUAAAAUGCGGAAAAUCUAGCCUUGCAAAAUUUGCAAAUUUUGUCUACUUUUUUAUUGCGUGCGGAAAUUGCUACCAGAUUUGGGUCGAAAAUGGUAGCAAUUUCCGCAUGCAAUACAAAAGUAUACAAAAUUUGCAAACUUUGCGAGGCUAUAUUUUCCGCAUUUUACAACAUUUCGCAACCAAACUUUGCCAUUUUACUCAUUUUAGUAUGUGUUUUCUAAAUCUGGUGAUUUAUUUGCAUCUCCUUGCCUAGUUUUAAAAUUAGUCUGUAAUGAGAAUUGUCUUUUGACUAAACAUCAGUUGAUGUUUUUCGGCGGUCAUAAAAUACGAUAUUUGGCUAGAUACAGUAGUUGGUUGUCAGUCAUGUUUCUAGAAAUGCAAGCAACGUGUAACGCAUUUAUUUUAUCCCAUGCCCUAAAACGUUUUUUUUUUUUUUCAUUAACAAGGUUGUAAAUGGAUCGCCUUUAACAAAUCGUCCACUCCACGAACCAGUGUCUAGUUUUGACGCAAAUGGUCGAUACAUUGGUUUACCAAAUCUUGUACAGAUGUUGCAAAAUACACCCGAUACCCCUGAGCCCGAGUCGCCGUACGAGAUUCAUGAGCCUGCAAUCAUCAUACCUUCUGAACAGCGGAGUCCCGUGGUGCAACAGCCUACAGAUGAUCCAAGAGUGAUUUUGAAUAAGGUGAAAAUAUGAGCUUGUUUACUCGGUUUAGAAACUGAACUGUAUUUAUACUGGAUGAUCAAUAGGUUAUUUCUAAACUUUUCACGCUCCUAAAACAACUGUACUGUAUAAUCAUUCUCGGAGAUUUUUCAGGGCUUUUUGUUAGGGUCUUUAAACAGCCCCCAAAACUCAAUCUUCAAUUGAGUUUUGAAACUCAAUCACCUCAUCAAAAUUUUCAGUGCUGUGAAAAUGAAUUUUUGAUUUAAAUAUGUGCAAUUCUGGGAAUGAUUUCCUUCGUCAGAAGCCCAACAAAAUACAAAGAAAACGAUCAUACCCGUCUGUAGUUUGUUUCAGAUCACAAAAUGAAAGCAGUUUUGAGCUGUUCUAGAGUAAUGUGAAGGCCAAUAUUGUAAAGUUUCCUGACCUUCGUCCGUGGACCCACUGAAUUCUACCCUGUUACAUGCACCUUUGACCCCCAGCUGUUUAAGUAAACUCAACCCCUUCUCUGCAAAAAACGGACCCAGCAAAAACUCGUGAAAAAAUCCCUGCAUACCCGAGAUAACUCUUAUACUGUGUACCUCUAACACGGUUUUUUUAUUCAGGCCAUGGAAAGUGCGUCUCUAGAUUUAGUAGAAGAAGCAGUUGACGAGUUGGUUAAAGACAUUAGUGGGGAUGCUAUUCGCCAGGUAUGAGUACAGCAAUUGUUUUGGAAUACCGUAUUGAAAAGUUGACAAGUUGUAACGAGAAGCAAAAUUAAUGGACCAUUUGCAUUAUAGACUAAAUUUUGAUCUGGGCAAAAAUUUCAUCACAGCUUGAAAGAGCAUCACAAAAUUAGUAAUAUUCCAAAGUUUCGUUGCAAAAUGUUGUAAAAUGCGGAUAAUAUAGCCAUGCGAAAUUUGCAAUUUUCAGUCAUUUUAGAUUACAAACCCGAAAUUGACAUCCUCGAAGGGUUUGAGGCUGUCAAUUUCCCGUUUGUAAUCUAAAGUGACUGAAAAUUGCAAAUUUCGCAAGGCUAUAUUUUCCGCAUUUUACAACAUUUUGCAACGAAACUUUGGAAUAUUACUAAUUUUGUGAUGCUCCUUCAAGCUGUGAUGAAAUUGUUGUCUAGAGUUGUUUAGUUCAAAAUUUAGUCUAUUACGCAAAUGGUCAAUUAAGCAAAGCAUUGGCUGAUAAAUUCAUCAAUGAUUCACUAACUGAUUUUUCAACUAUUAAGGUGGAUCUUGAACAUCAAUUAAGCAAAGCAUUUGCUGAUAAAUUCAUCAAUGAUUCACUAACAAUCAUGGUCAAAGAAAUUGCUAAGGAAUGUAUUGAAAAAGAAGUCGAGAUAAAAAGGUAUAGUGAUGGUCUAGACCUAUCGCAUGCGUUGCUAGUUCAUUAAAAGCAAGCUUCAGCAAAAUAAACGUGGUACUUUCUACAAGAAUUCUUGUAUUUUCUUUUGUUUCGCUGCAUGUAGGAGGAAAAUUGCUGUUGCCGAAUCGCGAGCUCGUAUGUCUGUGGUUGUUAUGAAUGAAAUUAUACGCGAUUUCAUGAAUACAGAGCUUGUCACCGUGGCUAGAGAUACGAAGAGGUAUGCUAUCUGAAGGUAGCAAGUGUUACAAGACAGCCAGAUUGGGACAGUUUCGGAAAUUUUCGUUCUUUACACUUUAUAUAUACAACUCAAUUGACCAUUUGCGUAAUAGACUAAAUUUUGAUUUAGACAAAAGUUCCAUCACAGCUUGAAAAAGCAUCAGAAAAUUAGUAAUAUUCCAAAGUUCGUUUCGAAAUGUUGUAAAAUGCGGAUAAUAUAGCCUUGCGAAGUUUGUAAUUUUCAGUCAUUUUAGAUAUAGAAACGGGAAAUUGAUGCCCCAACACCCGAUUGGGCUGUCAAUUUCCCGUGCGUAAUACAAAAUGACUGAAAAACGGCAAACUUCGCAUGGCUAUAUUAUCCACAUUUUACAACAUUUCGCAACGAAACUUUGGAAUAUUACUAAUUUUGUGAUGCUCUUUCAAGCUGUGAUGAAAUUUUUGUCUAGACUUGUUGAGAUCAAAAUUUAGUCUAUAAUGCAAAUGGUUCAUUAUCCUUUCUCACGAAGGCCAAAAUCCGCGCCAUUUUGGGGGCACUGUCUGCCCUCGUGAAAGAUUCUAGACAAUUCAAACAAUGUGAAAAGCGAUUUUCAAAAGUUUUAACUGUAAAUUUACCAUUAUAAAAACAACUACAGUACUAAAAAGUUGUAUUUCGUGGUGCAGAGACUCUCAAACGUGGGAGAGGCACUACCCCCAAAAUGGCGGAAAAAUCGACCGUGAGAAAUGCUAAUUUGUAGUCUAUGUUCCAAUGCUUUCGUGGCUGAGAAAUUAUAGCUAAAGCUUUGUCAUACAGUUUUUCAGCUGUCACUCAAAGGCUUUCAAGCCCCACCCCACUCGAGUUGGGCAUCUUGGCUGGGGAUGCUACCACCCCCUUCCCCUAGUGUCCGCCACUGGAAAACUAACCCACCCCAUGGAAGUGUGCGUGGUACAAAAUUAAGUACAGUGACCUCUACGAGGUUGUCUCCCUCUUCUUUUGUUUUAUUUUUAAUUCUUUAUUCUACAGAGCAAUAGGACAGCAGAUGAAGGCGCAAAGUUUUGCCAAAAUGUCAGCGGUUAUAAUGAGAGAGAUGUUAGAGGACGUCGUGUAUGAACAGUGUCAGGAGAUUGCGCUCACCACACGUAAGGAGGUCGUCAGACAAAAGAAAGCUUUGCUGUGGAAGAAAGCUGAAGUAUUGCGUAGAAAUCAAAUGAAGAAAUACUUUCAAUCGUAAGUUGCUGUGUAAUAAUAUUGACAAUAAUGAAUGAGACGUGCUGUUCUGUUUUGUUUAUGUACCAUUCCAUGCCACUUCUUGCAGUAUAAUACCAUGCCAUUCCCUACCAUACCAUACCAUACCAUACCAUACCAUACCAUACCAUACCAUACCAUACCAUACCAUACCAUACCAUACAAUACCUUUCUAUACCAUCCAAUACCAUACCAUUCCAUGCCAUAUCUUGCUGUAUAAUACCAUGCCAUUUCAUACCAUACCAUACCAUACCAUACCAUUCCAUACCAUCCAAUGCCAUCUCAUUCCUUGUUAUAUCUUGCAGUAUAAUACCAUACCAUGCCAUACCAUGCCACCCAAUACCAUACCAUAUCCUGUAGGUCAUACCGUACCAUAGAUUAUACCAUCAAAUAGAUCCCGUACUGUACUUGCAAAUCCAACAUACCAUUGUGUGUAUACAUUUUAACAACAAUAACUCCUUUCUAGAUGGUCAAAAGAAUACCACACUCGAGUGCAUAUUAGGAAUAUCCUGCGAAAGCUACCUGCCAAAUCUCCCAUGUUAACUGUAAAACAACAGCUUGAUAAAUUACUCA